GCGCUUUUUGUUAAUUGUUACUGCCCACCUUAGUUCCGUUUUCCUAUUUCUGUUUGCAUUUUUGGGACCAAAUAAAUAUCUGUUUAACUGAACUGCUCUGUCUUGAGUCUCUUUGUCCGCAUUUGAGCCUCGGUGCCUGAACCUUGACAGUACGGUCCAGCCAAGAUGAGCUCAGCAGACAAAGAGACUGGCGCGGAGGCAGUCUCCCCCGCUACCACGUUUCAACAAGCUAUUGCUAAUCAGGAAUGCGUGUUAGCUCAACAUGAUGAAUUGUUGCGUUCCCUGGUCAGUAGUAAUCAUGUUAUGCUUAAUCAGAUCUCUGAACUAACCACCCAGUUAAGAGGGUUGGCUGGUCAAAUUGCUAAGACUGCUCCCCCAGGCCCAGCGUUAGCCGCUAAUCCUGGCUUGGCUAGCGUUAGUGUUCCACCUCCCUUUCGUGAACCUGUAGUGCCUGUACCUGAACGUUACAGGGGGGAGUUAGGAUCCUGCCAGGCCUUUUUAACUCAGGUUUCACUAGUUUUUGAGAUGCAGCCUCUCUCCUAUGCCUCCGAUCGUUCAAAAAUAGCCUACACCAUCGGGUUAUUGUCAGGACAGGCGAGAGAGUGGGGCACGGCCGUUUGGGGGCGCCAGGACAGUGCCUGUGAGUCCUACGCGGCGUUCGUGGCAGAGAUGAGGAAGGUCUUUGACCACCCAGUAAGCGGAAACAACGCCAGCCACCGCCUCAUGGCCAUCUCCCAAGGGACAAGGAGUGUCGCAGAGUUUGCGGUGGAGUUCCGGACGCUGGCUGCAGAGAGCUCCUGGAACGACGGCGCGCUCCAGGGAGCCUUUUACAAAGGGCUAGGUGAGGCCCUAAAGGACGAGCUGGCAACUCGUGACGACUCUCCAGACCUAGACCACCUCAUCGCAUUAGCGAUUAAGAUUGACAACCGGCUCCGGGAAAGGAGGCGAGAACGCAGCGCCCGCUCUGUACUAGGACCCACCAGAACCCCAAGUGCCCCAGGCCCCAGAACUCAGCCGGACCCCCCGCCGGAGUCUCUCCCAGAGCCAAUGCAGAUCGGCCGUGCCCACCUCACUGAGUCUGAGAAGUUACAACGUCGGUCAGCAAACCUGUGCCUGUAUUGUGGGCGUCCGGGUCACUACAUUGCCUUCUGCCCCGCCCGUCCGCCAAAAGGUCCGGCUCGCCAGUGACGGGGGAUCUGCUGGUGAGCCGUACUACUACUUCGCCCCCACAACGUCUCCAAGUGGCCAUAACCCUGUGUUGGCAGCGUCAGCCUAUCCCUCUUCUAGCCCUGGUGGAUUCUGGGGCUGAAGAGAAUUUCCUGGACUCUCGCCUGGCGUCCCAGCUCGGCAUUCCCACAGAAACUCUUGACGCGCCCCUGGAGGCUCGUGCUCUGAACGGACUCCACCUGGCCCAAGUCCGCCAUAAGACUGUUCCGGUCUCCCUGGUGGUGGGGGGCAACCACCAUGAGACAAUUUCCUUCCACCUCAUCGACCAGUCUAGUCCACCCUUGGUUCUUGGGUUCCCUUGGCUCCAGGUCCAUAAUCCCCACAUUGACUGGCAGCAGGGGGAGAUCCGUUCCUGGAGCCGGGAGUGCUACCAACGUUGCCUGACGUCUGCCCUGACUCCUGAAACUCGAGCCAGCACCCGGGCCCUACCUUCCGAACCCCUCAACCUGGACCUUGUACCUUCUGUGUACCACGAUCUGGCCAUGGUUUUUAGCAAGGAUCAAGCCCUGUCUCUGCCCCCACACAGACCCUACGACUGUGCUAUAGACUUACUUCCCGGAGCUACACUACCCCGCUGCAGACUGUACAACCUGUCUAGACCUGAACAGGCCACCAUGGAGUCCUACAUCCGCGAUUCUCUGGCGGCUGGCAUCAUCCGCCCCUCUUCAUCCCCUGUCGGCGCUGGAUUCUUUUUUGUCUCCAAGAAGGACAAAUCCCUCCGUCACUGCAUAGACUUCCGGGGCCUCAAUGACAUUACUGUUAAAAAUACUUACCCCCUUCCCCUAAUCAAUUCUGCCUUCACCCCGCUGCAUGGAGCCUCUGUCUUCACCAAACUGGAUCUUAGAAAUGCCUACCACCUCAUCCGAAUCCGGGAGGGCGACGAGUGGAAGACCGCCUUCAAUACUCCCCUAGGACACUUUGAAUACCUGGUCAUGCCCUUCGGCCUCACUAACGCCCCCGCAGUUUUCCAGAACCUCAUCAACGACGUCUUGAGGGACAUGCUCAAUCGGUUCGUCUUCGUCUACCUGGAUGACAUCUUAAUAUACUCCCGAAACCUUGAAGAACACGUCUGCCAUGUCUGCCAGGUCCUCGAACGUCUCCUCCAGAACCGCCUCUUCGUCAAGGCAGAGAAAUGUGAGUUCCACGCAUCCACUGUGGCUUUCCUGGGAUUCAUCAUCUCCUCCGGGGAGGUCAAGAUGGACCCAUUAAAGGUGGAGGCAGUGACUGAGUGGCCCCGUCCCGAAGACCGGAGACAGCUUCAGCGCUUCCUUGGUUUUGCAAACUUCUACCGCCGUUUCAUCCGAAAUUACAGCUCUGUGGCAGCCCCCCUGACCACCCUCACUUCCACCACCAAGAUCUUUGGUUGGACCCCUGAAGCAGACAAAGCCUUCUCUGAGCUGAAGCAACGCUUUGUUUCGGCGCCUAUCCUGAUCCAGCCAGAUCCCGAGAGACAGUUCAUCCUGGAGGUGGAUGCCUCGGACACCGGGGUAGGGGCAGUCCUGUCCCAGCGGGCUGCUACAGACCAAAAACUACACCCCUGUGCCUUCUUCUCACGGCGUCUUACCCCCGCAGAGAGGAACUAUGACGUCGGAGAUCGCGAGCUGUUGGCCGUCAAGCUCGCUCUGGAGGAAUGGCGGCAUCUGUUGGAGGGUGCCCUGCAGCCUUUCAUCGUGUGGACAGACCACAAGAACCUGGAAUACAUCAGGUCGGCAAGGAGGAUGAAUUCCCGCCAGGCCCGCUGGUCCCUCUUCUUCAGCCGCUUCAACUUCUCCAUCACUUAUCGCCCCGGGUCCAGGAACACCAAGCCUGAUGCCCUGUCCCGUCAGUUCUCCGGAGAGAACGCCCUGCCAGACCCGGAACCCAUCUUGCCCCAGACUCGCAUUGUCGCCUCCCUCACUUGGGAGGUUGAGGCCCAAGUGCUCCAGGCCCUAGAACAGCAACCUGACCCUGGAGGCGGUCCUCCAAACCGCCUGUUUGUCCCAGAAGCCGUCCGCCCGCAGGUCCUCCUGUGGGGGCAUACCUCUAAGUUCGCCUGUAAUCCCGGAUCUGCCCGCACCUUAGAGGUCCUCCGGCAAC